GUCGUCACUUGGAGGCCACCCGGUGCCUUGCCUACCUCGCCUGCCUGCUUGCCCGCCCUUCCCGGUCUCUGCAGCCAGCCGCCGCGCCAAGUCCAGCCCAGCCCAGCAAGAGGGGAGGAGCGACGCGCAUCCAAAGGAGGCUCCCGGCGGCGCUAUGAGCUCAGUAGCAAGUGUCCUUUCUCUAUUCGCUGUUGUAUUGUCGUGGGCAAUGAGCGCUUCCGUCCCCCUGCCAGAGUCUUCUGGAGAUCCAGAACUGCUCCAGUUUGUCCAGAAAAACCGGGAAUUUGUCUUGAGGAUAAAGGAGGAUGUUGUACGGACCAGAAAGCUCAUGCGUAAAGAGUUUAAACUCGGCAGUGACAAUGAGCUGAUGUUAAUGCAGGAAUUGUUGGACAUCCCGCAAGCGGAUCUCUCCCUCUGCCGCACCGAGCCCUGUGACAUGGCUGGUUGUUUCAACCAGAUAAGGACAGGCCUUCACACCUACCAUGGCUACUUUUCCCACAUAAAGGAGAUCCUGCCAAGUUUCGCCAGCCACAUGAAUGGUCUCCAGGCGGAUGUGACAAAUCUAUCCGCCAACCUCCAACAGCAGAUGCAAGAAAGCGGGCUGACCAUAGUCGCUUACCCCCAGACGGAAGGCCAGGCCCACCCUUCCUUCCUACAAUCUGAAAAGCAAAUUGGAAGCUAUCUCCUGCUCAGAAACUUCGAGAGGUUCCUCGAGAUGACCUUCCGAGCCCUGCGGCACUGCAGUUCAUAAAUGCGGGAAGUAUGGAGGUCUUGGGAAGAAGACCGAAAAUCUUUUUGCAGGAUGUGUGGAGUGCUUCUUCUAUGAAGAUGGACAUUGAAUUGCUUUUAUGACGUACAGACUUUUUAGGGGUUUAAAAAAAAUUUUUUUUGCCAUUUUUCAUCAACAGAACAAGUCCUUUCUCCUACCCAGCUAACACAACUUUUUACAGUACUUAACCAAAAGUCAUAACAAGUGAAGCUCCAAGCACUUCAUUAUCAAAUAUUUUUAGCGCACAUAAUUAAGUUUCCCUUUUUUGAAAUCCUUCGACUGCUUUUCCCAAGUAGCUAAUGCUCGAGGGUCUUGGGCGGACUGGUUUGAUUGUGGAAUGCUGACAGAGAAGUCCUGGGCAACUAGCUUGGUAACCAAGACUUAACCAAUGGAGAUUGGCUUAUCUCCACCUUCAUAGCUUCUACAUAGCUAAGAGGUCAAGAACUUGGGUAGAGACGUCUCUGAAGCGUGCCCUUCCCGCAACAAACUCAAGGGCUUGCGUGGAAUUUUUCUUAAUGUUUUGUUCUUAAUUUUAUUUAUUGGAUUUUUUUUUAAUUUAUUAAUAUUUAAAAUAUUUGUUGCAACUUAAUUUUGUUGCCCCUUUUUUAAAAUUAACAAACUAUUUAGGGUAUUUAUCACGUAUUUAAGAUUUUUGCAACUUAAUUUCGUUGCCCUUUUAAACAAACUAUUUAGGGUAUUUAUCACGUAUUUAAUAUUUAUAUGCACCUGACGAAGGCUACAUGGUCGUCGAAUCUCAAGUGUGCAGGCUUGCAGCGCUCUUGGCCUCGUUGCGGCGCAUGUUGAGACAAACAAUGUUUAUCUGCUGUUUAAUAUUUAAACAUUACCAGCUAUUAGUGGCUGGAUCAAACUGAGAGAACUUCUAGUUCUUCCGCUAGUGGUGAUCUUUCAUCAAAUAUUUUUCAACUGUAAAGAAUAACGUGGUCCAUAAGUAAAGCAGCUUUUUAAAAUGCAUGUCGUAAAAAGACUCGAGGAAGAAUUAAUGACUGCUGUCGUCGCCCCUUACUGGCAAUUGUUAAUUGAUAGGCACUACCGGCAGUAGAAGAAUCUUGGUACAUAUAUCUCAAAUGUUGAAGUGCUUACGAAGCAUCCACUAAUUCCGACAUGCAAUGUGAUUGUUCAGUUCUGCAAAGCAAUUGUUCUGGAGCGCUGUUUCUUUGCAGGUGGUAGUUGUGGCAUAAUUGUGAAUUUUUGUAUUUAUUUAAAUAUGACUUACAUUCACAGCUAACUGUUCUUAAGUUUGCAUGAUAUUUUGUUAGUCGCUGAUUUCUCUCCCACCCCGGCAAAUGCAAGAGAACCACCGGCUGUACUGCUUUAGCUUGCGUUAUUACCAUGUCUGUACUGCGAGACUUCUGAAAUAUCUGGAAUCUUGCUCCAAGAACAUCUGCUGAGCUAAAGAAUUUCACAAUCAUUUGCAACUGUUAAUGUUUAUUUGUGUUUUUUAAUGGAACGCCGCGAUUCCUGAGUGAACAUGCUUCCAACUUUUAUGGAUUUCUAUGAACUUUUAUUAAAAUCUUUAUGGAAGACGAAAUAAAAUUUUUCAUGAAUGGAA